GUUCAGUUCAGUUGAGUUCAGUCAGAGUCAGAGCGCCGUCAUCAAAGGACAACACGAGCAUAUACAAGUAUCGAUUCUAAAUAUCGAUUAUAUUUAAAGGAUUGACGAAGAUUUUGAUCAUCUGUAACUGUAAAUCGAGAGACAACAUCAAUAUAUGCAUAUAUGAUUAUUAUUAGAGCUAAAGGAUUUAAUCACAUCUUCCAGAUGCAAAUUGCAGAAUUCUUAAGCUAGAAAAGCAUCUGCAAUUGCUUGAUCGUUCACGCUGAUAAGAACAAGACCACAAAGCAAAAAUAACAGUAAACAGAAAAGCAAUCGUCACUCAAGUCGAACCUAUAUAAAGAACAAGCUCUUUAUAAAACCAAAUCAAAAGAAAAGCCAGCAACAUUCACUUAAAAAUGGCCGAAGACGCUGCCAUGGAGACAUGUCCAAGUCCUGAGAUGGGCGACUCUCGCAAAAGGCCGCUCGAUUCCGAUCCGGAAAAUGAACAAACUAAACGCUCACAUUUCAGUUCCGCAGCAGCAUUUUCGCAAACCCAAUAAAACCCCAACACAAAUGUGAAAAAGUAACAACUUGUGAUAAAAAAAAACUGUUAAAUGAACUACAUAAAACACAAUUCAAAUGAAAUUAUCAGAAUUAAUAAUACAGAACAAUAAAAAGUGAUAGUGAUUGUAAAUCAAAAACAUCGCCAGCAUUGUCAUACAACUGAGAACGGUAACUGGAACUGGAGCUGGAACUGACACUGGAACUAACACUGGAACUGCAACUGGAACUCUUACAGCGCAACUGAACUGCAUUGAACUAAUCUGAACUGAACUGAACAGCAGCAGUAUAUAGAGGGGGAAAACGAAAUCUGAGAGGGAACUGAGGAAACUGGAAUACAAUCUGCUGCUGAAUGUUUUUAAAUUGGAUUCGCGUAGAAUAGAACAAAACUGAGCAGACGCAGCAAAUACUCUCAAAAAAAAAUUAAAACAAUAUAAAAUCAACAAUAAAUUAUUAAAACAAAAAUAAGAAAAUUCGAUAAGCAACAAAUAAAAAGAAAUCAGAUAAUAAUAAGAAAUAAUAAACAAUUCCGUCGCAAUUAUAAAAAUAAAAGACUGAACGACAACAUUUCAACAGGCAGAGAGUUCUCUCACUCUCACUCUCUCUCUCUCUCUCUGUCUCUCAAUUGUGUACAAUGGAUAGUAUUAUGAAUGUGGUGGCCCAGCAAUUGCUGCAGCAGAUGGACACUGAUUUCUAUGCAACUGUAACAACAGCAGCAGCGCAACAACAACAACAACGACAGCAGCAGCAACAUCUUGAGCAGCAACAUUUCGCAUACCAAUAUCAGCAUUCAACGCCCACACAUAUGACGCAAUUAGAAUAUAAUAAUCAACAUCAGUCACGACAUUCCAAGACAAUAAUAAAAGCAGCAACAUCGCCCUCAUCAAUAAAUUCGCUGAGCAGCAGGAGCGGCAGCAACAGCAGCGGCAGUGGCAGUGGCAGCAACAGCAGCAGCGACUGCAACAGCGACAGCAAUCAUAAUGUUGCAUACUCAUUAGCCUAUCUUAGCUAUAAGCAACAACAGCAGCAGCAGCAAAUGCAGCUGCAACAGAUAUUUGCACAUUGCGAACCUAAUCUAAGCAAUACUCAACAUCACUAUCAUCAGAUGGAACCACAGCAACAGCAGCAACAACAACAACUCAGCCAAAAUGAUACGCCCAAUGUAACGCCCGAGGCGGAGACACCGCCAAUUGCGGCAGGCAACGCACUACAUCAGCAACAUCAACAUCAGCAGCAUCAGCAACAUCAGCAACAUCAGAUGGGCAACCAUGAGACAGCGGCAACAACAGCCGGCUUUAAGACUGCUGCCUCCUGUUGGUGCUACGGUGAGUCAGUUUGUUCUGGAAUUGAGGUUGAAAUUGAAAAUAAUAACAAUAAUCAUAAUCAUCAUGGCGAUACCACAUUUCACAUGAAGAUUCUGGUGCCGGCGGUGGCCUCCGGGGCCAUCAUUGGCAAGGGGGGCGAGACGAUUGCCUCGCUGCAGAAGGACACGGGUGCUAGAGUUAAGAUGUCCAAGUCGCAUGACUUUUAUCCAGGCACUACUGAGCGCGUUUGCUUGAUCACGGGAUCGGUGGAUGGCAUCAUGACGGUGGUGGACUUUAUAAUGGACAAAAUACGCGAGAAGCCCGAUUUGACAACGAAAAUCAUUGAUGCCGAGUCGAAGCAGGCACAGGAACGGGAUAAGCAGGUCAAAAUAUUGGUGCCCAAUUCAACGGCUGGCAUGAUCAUUGGCAAGGGAGGCGCCUUCAUCAAGCAGAUCAAGGAGGAGAGCGGCUCCUAUGUGCAGAUCUCGCAGAAGCCCAAGGAUGUCUCACUGCAGGAGCGUUGCAUCACCAUCAUUGGCGACAAGGAGAACAAUAAGAAUGCCUGCAAGAUGAUCCUAUCGAAAAUUGUCGAGGAUCCACAGUCGGGCACCUGCUUGAAUGUCUCCUAUGCCGAUGUCAAUGGCCCCGUUGCCAAUUUCAAUCCAACUGGCUCACCCUAUGCCACAAAUCAGAAUGCCAUCAACUCAAGCACCGCCUCGUUGAACUCCACGCUGGGCACCACAAUCGGUGGUGCAGCCACCGCCGCCAGUCUCCUGGUCAAUGGCACUGGCAUCAAUCUAUCUCUCAAUCUGGGCUCACCCAAUCCGGCGCCCAAUCUUGCGGUUGCCACACAGCUGCUGGAACACAUUAAGGUUGCCAUGCGCGGAGCUGGUUACUCGGAGACGGUCACCACUGAAGUCUGCGCUGCCCUCGGCGUCUUGGCCAAAUACGGUGUGCUGGGCAUGGGCGUGGGCGUCUCACAUGCCAACGGUGCACAUCCCACGCUGGGAAACUAUCUGGGCGUGGCGACGCUGGAACAACAGACGGCGGCGGCGGCAUCAGCGGCCAAUGCCAGCAAUGUUUUUGGCGCUGUUGGCCAGGUUAAUUUGGAGCAGUAUGCCGUGGCAGCGGCAGCUGCUGCUGCGGCAGCGCGGCCAACGCAGUCGCAACUGGAGGUGCAAUUUGAUGCAUUCCGUCAUCUGGGAUCGGCCGGUGCGCCCGCCGCAACACCCGUUUCACUCAACAACAACAGCUUCGGGCUGACAGGUGCCACCGGUACGGUGAGCAGUGCGCAGUUGGGAGCGGCUGCAUCGAUAGGUGGACUUAGUAAGAGUCCAACUCCGGGGGAUUUGGGUGCCAAGGAUUCCAAGAACGUUGAGGUGCCCGAAGUGAUUAUUGGCGCUGUUUUAGGUCCAAACGGUCGUAGUUUAGUUGAAAUUCAACAUGUUUCUGGCGCAAAUGUGCAAAUUUCCAAAAAGGGCAUAUUCGCACCUGGCACUAGAAAUCGCAUUGUAACCAUAACUGGUCAGCCGAGUGCCAUUGCCAAAGCGCAGUAUCUAAUUGAACAGAAAAUCAACGAGGAGGAGACAAAGAGAGCGCGUCAAAUUCCAUUAACCACUGUUGUGAAUUAAUCAAUCCUCAAACCAAACCAAACCAAUCCAAGCAAGCAAGCAAGCAAGCAAUCAAGCAAGCAGCACAACAACAAAAAACAACAACAACAAUAACAACAACCCUCUCAUAAUAAGCGUAUUUCAACAUUAAACACAACAAAAACAAAACAAAAUGGUUUAUUUAAAAAACAAAAAAUAUUAAGAUUUAAUAUAAUGUAAAAGAAAAGUAAAAGCAAAAGCAAACACUUCUCAAAGAAAAAAAGCAAACAAACGAAUAACAACAACAUCAGCAGUAGCCAUACACAAACAAACACUCACACACACAUACACACACUCACACACACACAUCUUCAUUAUACACGUUAUUAUUAAAGGCAUAUUAGCAAUAUGUUGCAACUAAAAUAGUUAGUGAUGAAUAGCUCUUCUAUCAAAAUACUGCAUUUGUUUGCUCCAAAUAUAAAUAACUAUAUGCAUAUAUGGAUAUAUUAAUAUAUAUAUAACAGAUGCUCUGUCUAAAUAUAUUAAUAUAUGCUAUUUGUUGAACAUUUCAAUUAACUGGGAAAAUAUUGUUUAUGCCCUAACAUUUUGUUGUUGUCGUCGUCAAUAUGUUUGCGUGUUUUCUUAAUGGCACUUUGGCAAGUUAAACUAUGCAUAGAACUACAUACAUACAUAACUAGUUACAUAGUUGCAUACAUACACAUACAUAUGUAUGUAUACUGCGCCUGCAUGUACAUAUGUAUGUAAAUAUACGCAUGUACAUAUGUACAUGCACGCAUUUUAUAUACUAAUUGUUGAGUCUUGUUUAUAUUACAUAAAAUAUAUUACCCACACACACACACACACACACAUUGAUGCAUACAUACACAGCAUAUAUGUACAUAAUUUUGUAUGUAUAUAAUACACACAUACACCCACACACAUAGUACACGUAAUUAUUAGCAUUAUGUUGAGCCGAUAAAAAGAACGGAUUAUUUUUACGUGUAAUUGCGAGCGUUUUCAGUGAAAACUUCAGGUGAAAUAAUCGAAAGAAAAUAAGAAAACGGUGUCCAAAUAAGGUAAAUAUCUUACAACACAUCUAAAACUUAUGUAAAAAGAAAAACAAGAAAACUAUAACUACGAUUACAAAGGCGUUACAAGUGCUGACAGGCUAGUGAUAACAAUUUGAAACACUUUUACCUCAAAUACAACAAAAUUAAUUACGUUUCUUGUUUUCUGUUUCUGUUUUCUGUUGUUGCCCUCAUUUGCUUAUUGCUAAAUAAAAUAUAUAUAUAUUUAUAUAUUACUUAUAUUUUAUGUUUAUAGUUCUACAUAUUAUUUUAUGAUAUUUGUUGAAAAUGUUGAUCAUGAUAAUGUUGUUUAAUUUUCUGAUAACGGAAAAUGAAAAAAAAAAAGAAGUGGUGUUAAUGUGUUGCGCGCGCACGUGAGUCUCCUUUUUGGUGUUGAUUUUGUGCUCCCAAUUUGUUAAUCCUCAUUUAUUUUGUUUCUUAUGGAAAGAAAUGCGAUUUUUUAGUUUCCAGUUUUGCAUUGGAUCCUUUGUUUUCAUAAUUUGUUUCAAAACCCUUCCUUUUGGCUUCUUGUUAAAAUCAAUAUAAUUUUACUUUGUUUUUAUUAUAAUUAAUAUUAUAUUUUUUUUUGGAAAUCUUUGCACCAUUUGUUUUUGACAUACAUUCUAAUCUUAAGUAUUACAUUUUCGGACUUUUCACGUAAAAUACAUCACAAUCUACUUUAAAAAAGAAACAAAUGUUUCGCUGUAAAAUAUGCAUACACCCCGCCCCAUAAAUAUAUAUACACACAGCCACAAAUACCCCUAUUAAUUGUUAAGUAUUGUGCAAUUAUUUGACAUAAUUUGGAAACACAUUUUACCUCGAUUCGAUGUACAUUCAUCCAUACGUUGCAUCUAUAUAAAGACAAACUCCACAACAAUCAAAUCAUUGUCAAAAAAAUUAUAAACUAUUUUAACAUCACAUUUGAAUUUCUUCUAAUCAUAAAUACACGCACACAUACAUGCCCACAGAUAAAUACAUAUAAGUAUAUGAAAACACAUCGAUAGAAAUGCAUUAUCUGUAAUGUGUAAUUAAGUGUUUUUCUUUGUGCCCUACAAAUUAUUUAGUUUACAAUUAUUUUUUAUUAAUAUUAAAGAAAUGCAUAACAAAAUGAUGAAGUUUAUAUAAAUUAUGAAAUUUGACAAAACGAAAAAUAAACAGAAUAUCCAAUAAUUGAAUGUGUUUAAUUGCACCAUUGGGACACCAAUCAAUCAGUCAAUCAGUCAAUCAAUCAACCAAUCAGUCACCACUCACAAACAGCACACCACUAACAGCGUACUGUAAGCAAUUUUGCAACAUUAUCAUGCCAAAUCAACAGUCAAUCAAUCAGUCAGUCAGUCAAUCGCACUCGAAAGAGUAUGCUCGAUAUCAGUUUCAAUUCCAGUUUCAAUGUACUUCAAAUCAAUCACUGAGAACGCUCACGAAAUUUAAAUGAAUAAUCCACAAAACCCCUAUGCUAAGUCUAUAAAUAUAAGUUUAUAAAAGUUGUUCACAUUAAUUUUUUCGCUAUUAUUGUUAAAGCUGACCUACAUUUGUUCUUAUUUGUGCAAUAUUUAUAUAAAUAAUAUAAGAAUAAUAGUAUGAUAAUAAAUCUGCGCCAGAAGAGUUAAACACUUACAAUAUUCUUAAAAAUCCAAUUUGUGACAAAAGAUGCUUUAAAAAGCGUCUGCAUAAAUGAAAAGAAAAAAAAAAUGAAAAACAAACAAAUUUUAAGUCAAAGAAAACCAAAAUUAAAGUAAUAUUGAAAGUACAGUCGUAAAUGCUAGUGUGCCUUGAAAUAUGCAAAAAACAUAAAAAAAAAAACCAAGCAAAUAAUCUGAGUUUUUGAUUUUCUUGAAUUACUUUUACGAAUUCUUUACCAAUGUGAAUCAGAAUGUUAUUUAUUGUCAGACAGUGCAAAACAAGGACGCAAUUGAAAUGGAAAUAGAAUUUCAAAACCAUUCGGAAAAUAGACAAAAACACAGAAGCAAUGUCAAACAGAAAUUCGUACAAACAAUAACAACAACGAUAAAUAAUUACAUACUCCAUUAUUUAGUGAAGCUAAACAAUAUAUUUCGGUUCAAAAACUUAACAAUAUAUGUUCUACUUCAACCAAAUCACAACAAGCAUAAGACACUGAACCUGUAACCUGAACCCUGACCCCAAACAA